CCUGUGGACCCGCUGCACUGAACCUUCUCUCUGUCACUAUCUCUGUUUAAUAAUCAGACACCGCUUUUCUCUAACUGACCCUCUCUCACAUUCCCUCUCUCUGCCUCCUCUCGGAUCCUGGUGUUCUAUUCCUCUUGUUUUAUUCCCACAUCUUCCCUCCUGGUCACUUCUUCUUGAUUUUGGAUUCCGGCUGGAUUUACCCAGGGCGUGUUUGGGGCAGAUCUGUACCGGGGAGUUCCAUCUCUCUCCCACUCUGAGGAAUGUGACAGCGACCUGAAUGGACACGAUGGAUUAUAAGGAGCUGGGAAAUAAACUGGAGGAGAAGCUGACACUAACAGACAAAUCUCUGCCCCUGAAGAUCGAGCCUCAGUCCAUCCACAGCGGAGACAAGUCUCUGGUGAAAGACCUCCUGACCCCAGACGACUCGGCCGUCACAGACCUCUCCCCUAAAUCAGACUUCAGCCCCCAAACCGAGACCCCGAGCAGGACGGAUGUGUCCUCCUCCAAGACGGAUGUCCGGCCCUCCACGCCGGGCAGCAGCGGCAGCCCGCAGCCCAAGAAAGAUUCCGUGAGCUCAGAGCAGCGACAGAAGCUCGCCAAGGAGCGGAGGGAGGAGAGGGCUCGAUAUAUCGCGGUGAAGAAAACCCAGUGGCUGGAGAAGGAGGAGAAGGCUCGGCGCCUGAGGGAGAGCCAGCUGGAGGAGCGCAGGAGGAAGCUGGAGGAUCAGCGGCUGAAGACCGAGAAACGUCGAGCUCUGCUGGAGGAGAAACAGAGACAGAAACUAGAGAAGAACAAGCAGAGAUACGAGUCGGCCAUCAAGAGGUCCACGAAGAAGACGUGGGCCGAGAUCCGCCAGCAGAGGUGGUCCUGGGCGGGCGGACUAAACCAGACCUCCCGCAGAGAAAGCAGAUGCUCGGCCUCCACGGUCAACUUGCCCAGACAGGUGGACCCUGUGAUUAACAGCAGGCUGUCCAAGUCCUCGGCCACGCUCUGGAACUCGCCCAACAGAACCCGCAGUCUGCGUCUCAGCCCGUGGGAGAGCCGGAUCGUGGAGCGGCUCAUGACGCCGACGCUGUCCUUCCUGGCUCGCAGCCGCAGCGCCGCCACCCUCCUCAACACCAGCGACUCCCGUGAGUACUCUCACCACUGCUCCCGUUCAGCCUCUGCCAACCCGCUGAACGCCAGCUCCCAUCACCACCAGCACCAGAACUCCGCCGAGCGCUGGAGGGUCUCGUCCGCCAGCACGCCGGACAUCACGCUGCGCCAACACAGACGAAACUCCACGCCGCUGGACAAGAAGAAGAAAGAGAAGAAAGACAAAGAGAGGGAGAACUCGCUCACAAAAGACAAAGUGCAGAAGAAGAGACAGACGACGUCUCCUGCCGCCACGACCACAAGAUCCAGACCGGAGACCAGCACCCAGAAGCUGAAGAACAGACCCCCGUCGCCGGCGGCCCCCAAAAGUCGGCCCCUGUCGCCUCUAGUGCCAGCAUCAGCAUCAUCGACAGCGGCCUCCAAGACUCCCACGGGUAAGAAGACACCCACUGGCACCAAGGCCCGACCUAAACGGGCCCAGACGCCCGCCAGGGUCCAGCCGCAGACGGUCACAGCGGUCGCCGUGGAAACCGGCCACGAGCCCAAGCAGCCCGACACCGCCGAGGAGAAAAAAGACUCCGGUGACGUUCCUGCCAUCGCGGUGUCCUCAGCUCGGCUUUCACCUUCUUCCCCCAGCCCACCUGCAGCUUCUCCUUCUCCAGUGCCAAGUGUAGAGCCCACUGCCUCAGCUGCGUCUCCGGCAGCGGCCUCCACCAGUAAUCCCACUCCGUCUGCUGCACCCACCGCCGCUGCCAGUACCCCCACCACAGCCACCACCGCUGCCAGAACCCCCACCCCCACCACAGCCACCACCGCUGCCAGAACCCCCACCCCCACCACAGCCACCGCCACCGCCGCUGCCUCCAGCCCAGCCCCCCCGGCCAACAAGCCGUCAGCGGGCACCAACAACCAGGAGGAGGCAGCUCGCGCCCUGGCAGAGAAACGCCGACAAGCCCGAGAGCAGCGGGAGAAGGAGGAGCAGGAGCGUCUGGAGCAGGAGCAGAAGAACAGGAUCCUGCGGGAGGAGGCGAUGGCCCGGGAGGUGGAGGAGCGGAAGCGCAGGGAGGAGGAGGCUCAGUUCAUGGCCGAGCAGCAGCGCCUGAGAGACGCUCAGGAGGAGAAGGAGGAGCAGGAGAAAGCUAAAGCCGAGCAGGAGGAGAACGAGAGGGCGCAGAAACAGAGGGAGGAGGCCGAGUCAAAGGCCCGUGAGGAGGCCGAGCGUCAGCGCAUCGAGCGAGAGAAACACUUCCACAAAGAAGAGCAGGAGCGACUGGAGAGGAAGAAGCGCCUUGAGGAGAUCAUGAAGAGGACUCGGAAGAGUGACGCAGGAGAGAAGAAAGACGUCAAAGCUUCUCCACAGGUCAACGGCAAAGACACAGAGCUCAACAAAGCUCCUGGAAACCUGCAGAGCCCCAGUGCAGUCGUGAAUGGCGUCCAGGCAACCGCUCACCAAAAUGGUGUCUCAGCCAACGGAGAGCAGGCGGACUUCGAGGAGAUCAUCAAGCUGAAGAACGGCAGUAACCCAACUCAGCAGCAGAGCGGGCUGGUGGGCGAUCCCAUCCUGGCGUUUGAAGGAGGAGAGCCCUUCCUGAUGAAGACGAGCCCGAUGAAGCCUCAGCAUGUCGCAGAAGUCCUGUGAGUCCACGCACAUCCGAUGGAGACGCGCCUUAUGUCUCCGCUUGAGCUACGAGAUUUCAUGCCUCACCACAGCGGCUUACAAACUGAGUGUGCCAAACAAAGUGCGCUGAAUCCACAUCGACGGUAUCUGCCGCAGAGGAUAACGAGGAGGAGAUGAACUCUGCCCCGGAAGAAGAAAGUACUCAUACGAAAUAUAUAUAUAAGUAUAUAUAUAUAAAUAUAUAAAUAAAAAAAAUCUACAACAAGUAUUCUCUGUCUUCACCGCGUGUUGUGGUGCAGCAUUCGUCAGGUUUUAUUGAAACGUCACAAGCAGAUUUUACAGUGCACCUUAAAGAUGACUGACUGUGCAACAAAUUUGAGAAAAUACAGCGUCAGACCCUGGAAAUACAUACUAUUCAACAGUGGCUGUUAUUAUUACUGUCGUUCUGAUAUUGUUAUUGUUAUAUCUUACGUUGAACAAUGUGUGUGUGAGUGUGUUUGUUGUUUUUGUCUUGAAUUUCUGAGUUAUUUAACAUGAGCAGCAUCGUAAGGACUGGCCACAGACAGUGUAUGUAAAUGUGUAAUGAGCCCGGCUGCCUCGGCCUCCUGCUGCAGGAGAUCUGUGAAAUAAAGCUUUAUGA